GCGUGUGUUUCUUGUGUGUUUUUUUUCAGCCUGUUCUUCACUCACACUCUCGCUCAGCAGAGAUUCAAAGGUGGAGAGCAAAGAUUGUUACCCGGAAUAAAGGGGGGAAGGGAAACAGAUUUUCUUCCUCUCUCACCCAGAAAGAGACACAAACAAGAAAAAGAUGGAGAGGAUGCAGGCAAAGGAAGAGGGGGACCACCUGCAGCGACCAAGCCCACUGACUGAUAAGGAGAGGGUGAUGAUCCAGGACUCCUGGGCAAAACUCUACCAGAACUGUGAAGACGUUGGGGUGGCCAUACUAAUCAGGCUGUUUGUGAACUUUCCCUCAUCCAAGCAGUACUUCAGCCAGUUCAAGAACAUCGAGGACCCAGAGGAGCUGGAGAGGAGUGCCCAGCUUAAGAAGCAUGCUCACAGAGUCAUGAAUGCCCUGAAUACAGUGGUGGAGAGUCUGGACAACUCAGACAAGGUGGCCUCAGUGCUGAAGGUGGUGGGCAAGGCGCAUGCACUCCGACACAAGGUGGAGCCUGUAUACUUUAAGAUCCUGAGUGGCGUGAUACUGGAGGUCCUAGGAGAAGAGUUUUCCGAGGUCAUGACACCAGAGGUGGCCGCUGCGUGGACCAAACUCUUCGCUACGGUCUACUUCAGCAUCACAGCCAUCUAUGAGGAAGUGGGCUGGACUAAGCUCUCAACCUCAACCGGGUGAAGCCUUUAGUAUGGGUUUAUUGGACGGUGAACUCGCAGAUACUUCUGCGUGGGCCACGGCCUCAUAAGAGAGGGGGACUUUGACUAUACUGACCUUUAAAGGGAAGCAGUGUAUCUGGGGAAUACAGAUUAAUGUAAUCUAUAUGUGGGCUAUAUGACAUAAUACACUUUAAAUAAGAACAGGAAUUGGGCUCUUUUAUGGCUAAUACUGUGUGUGUAUGUGUGUGUGUGUGUGUGUGUGUGUGUGUGUGUGUGUGUGUGUGUGUGUGUGUGUGUGUGUGUGUGUGAGAGAGAGAGAGAG